GUAUGGCGUGUCAAGGAGGCCGACUGUGCAACCACACAGGCUUGUCCCAGCCACCACUUUGUCCAAAGGGACACUACUGUCCUCCAGCAUCCUCUGUUGCUCACCCAUGUCCUCCAGGCUUUUACUCGGAUCAGCCCGGUGGGGAAGAUGUGCACCACUGUCGGCCGUGCGAGGCAGGAUGGUUUUGCAGCAUGGCCGGCCUCUCUGACCCGGAGGGGCUCUGUGACCCUGGACACUACUGCACAUCUGGAGCCUCCACAGCCUUUCCGGUUACUCUGGACUCAGGGGGAAUGUGUCCAGCAGGGUACGUUUGCCCCAGAGGGACCAAACACCCUCAGCAACAUCCCUGUCCUCUGGGCACCUGGAGUAACACAGUGGGGGCCCAAAACGUAUCUUUUUGCCUGCUCUGCCCUGCUGGACUCUACUGCAACACGACUGGACUCAUACAGCCUUCUGGAUCAUGUGACACUGGCUUCUAUUGCACAGAGGGGGCAGUGUCUCCAAAACCUUUAGAUGGUAUAACAGGGGACAUUUGUCCAGUUGGACACUACUGUCCCAUGGGUUCAGCAUCCCCUACACUCUGCCCUGAUGGAAUGUCCACAAACACAACAGGUGCAGAAACAUGCCAUGAAUGUCCCCCUGGGAGCUACUGCCUACCCGGGGAAGGCAUCCAGCGCUGCCCCUUAGGUCACUAUUGUCUUGGAAGAGGUGGUGAAGGUAUCCUUCCCUGCCCUCCUGGCACAUACAACCCUCAGUUAGGCCUGAGCCAAGUGGAGCAGUGCCUCAUUUGUCCAGCAGGCUUCUACUGUGAGGACUGGGGUCUGCCUGAACCCACCGGGCCCUGCAAUGCUGGUUAUUACUGCAUAGCAGGUGUAAAUGCCCCAACUCCAGAUGGAAACUAUAGUACUGGAGUUGGAGGAGCGUGUCCAGAGGGGAGACACUGCCCCAAAGGCACUGGUCUCCCCCUCACCUGUCCCCCAGGAACCUACUCAGACAGUCUUCGUCUGACUGAGGUGAGCGGCUGUAGUUUGUGUCCAGCGGGUCACUUCUGCGCUACUGAUGGUCUGAGUCGGCCUUCCGGAAAAUGUCAGCAAGGAUUUUACUGUCCAGGUGGAGACUCGGCAGCCACAGGCUCUGUAGGAGGUCUUUGCCCAACCGCUCAUUACUGCCCAGAAGGCAGCGCAGGCCCAGCGCCCUGCCUGGCUGGAUCCUACACAAACCUCACUGGCCAGUCUGUGUGUUCUCUCUGCCCUGCUGGCUACUACUGCCCGGAAAAGACCAGCGACUUCAGCCAGUUUCCCUGUCCACCUGGGUUGUAUUGUCCUGAUGGUACAAGGCAUGCCACCCAAUACCCGUGUCCUCGUGGCUACUACAACCCAGAACCCAUGACUCAGAGCCUGGACAGCUGCCUGCCUUGCCCCCCUGGGCACUACUGUGAGAAGGAGAGGCUGACCAAAGUGUCUGGAAAAUGCAAAGCUGGUUGGUUCUGUGUGUCAGCAGCCUGGAACUCGCAACCAUUCGACCUAGACAACUACACCAACGCCAACUGCCUGUGCCCAGCCACCGCCACAGGGGGACGCUGCCAGGCGGGCUUUUACUGCCCUGAAGGGAGCUCAGAGCCUGUGCCUUGUCUGCCUGGAGCUUUCUGUAAUGUCUCGGGUUUGGCCUUGCCGAUGGGCCCCUGUUCUCCAGGUUAUUAUUGCGUAGGGGGAGCCACUGAGGCCAAGCCAACAGAUGGUGAAACAGGCAGCAUCUGUCCAAGUGGGACAUAUUGUGUUGAAGGCUCAGAGCAACCAGAGUUAUGUCCGUCUGGUACUUUUUCACCAGUGCCUGGUCUAACCAGCAAGGCUGACUGCCAGCGUUGUCCUGCAGGGCUCUACUGCCGUGGACCAGGCCUCAGUGCACCAUCUGGGCCCUGUGAUGAAGGUUAUUGGUGCCCACCUGGUCAGACAGUGGCUCAAGCUCUACCAUGUCCACUUGGUCAUUUUUGCAUCAUGGGUAGUGCAGCUCCAAAGCCUUGCCCAUUGGGAACCUACCAGGACAGGGAGAAACAAUCAGCCUGUGUUACCUGUGAAGCAGGUUACUUCUGUGAUAUCCAAAUGGCUGAAGCCAAUGGCUCCUUGCAGAGGCCCUGCCCGAAAGGACAUUACUGCCCUGUAGGCACAAGCAUGCCUGAGCAGCACCCUUGCCCUGUAGGCUCAUUCAACCCGAGACAGCGCGCAGAGAGCCUUCUAGCCUGCAUGCCGUGUCCUAGUGGACAGUACUGUCCUUCGCUAGGACUUUCAGAGCCGGCAGGGCCGUGCCUUGCUGGUUAUUGGUGCAAAGCAGGGGCAUCCUCUCUAACUCCGUUGGACGGACUCUCUGGUUCUAUGUGUCCACCUGGUCAUUACUGUCCCGCAGGCACCACUGCUCCUUUGGCCUGUCCUAAGGGAACGUGGUCCAACAGCUCAGGCCUGCACAGACAGGAGGACUGUCAGAGCUGUCAUGGGGGAUUUUAUUGUGACGCUGCUGGCCUUACUGCUCCUACUGGACGCUGCAGUGGAGGGUAUUAUUGUCUGGCGGGCGCUGUCACACCCACUCCCACUGACGGAAUCACAGGGGCAUCUUGUCGUGAGGGCUCCUACUGCCCUGAAGGAACUGCAGAACCCAUACCGUGUGAUCCAGGGACCUAUGUUGCCGUGACACAUGCGACCGUGUGCGAGGCCUGUCUGCCGGGCUGGUACUGCGUGACUGGCUCCUUGCACCUGUGCCCUGCAGGUUUGUAG